GUUGGGAUGGCCACCGGCUGGGGGAGCCUCUUGCAGGAUGAGCAGCAGCUGGAGGAGCUGGCACGGCAGGCUGUGGACCGGGCCCUGGCUGAGGGAGUGCUGCUGAGGACCUUGCAGGAGCCCAGUUCCUCCGAUGUGGUAAGCUAUGCCCCAUUCACGCUCUUCCCUUCACUGGUCCCCAGUGCCCUGCUGGAGCAGGCCUAUGCUGUGCAGAUGGACUUUAACAUGCUGGUGGAUGCUGUCAGCCAGAAUGCAGCCUUUCUGGAGCAGACUCUCUCCAGCACCAUCAAAAGGGACAACUUCACUGCUCGCCUCUUUAACAUCUACAAGCAAGUCCUGAAAGAAGGCAUUGCUCAGACUGUGUUCCUGGGCCUGAACCGCUCAGACUACAUGUUCCAGCGCAAUGCAGAUGGCUCCCCAGUCCUGAAACAGAUUGAAAUCAACACCAUCUCUGCCAGCUUUGGGGGCCUGGCCUCCCGUACCCCAGCUGUGCACCGACAUGUUCUCAAUGUCCUGAGUAAGACCAAAGAAGCUGCCAAGAUCCUCUCCAAUAAUCCCAGCAAGGGACUGGCCCAGGGGAUCACCAAGGCCUGGGAGCUCUACGGCUCAGCCAACGCUCUGGUGCUACUGAUUGCUCAAGAGAAGGAAAGGAACAUAUUUGACCAGCGUGCUAUAGAGAAUGAGCUACUAGCCCGGAAUAUCCACGUAAUCCGUCGAAGGUUUGAAGAUGUCUCUGAAAAGGGGUCUCUAGACCAAGACCGAAGGCUGUUUAUGGAUGGCCAGGAAGUUGCUGUGGUUUAUUUCCGGGAUGGCUACAUGCCGAGUCAGUACAGUGUACAGGUUGGUAUUCUGUUAGACUAUUCUCUGCCUCCUAGGACCCAAAAUCAUUCCUUGGAGACCCAGCUCAGGCAUCACAAUAACCUGGGUUUUUCCCUGGGCCCUGCCCUCAGUUCUUCCUCAGGGAACUUACUGCUGGAACCUCUUAUUCUCCCACAAGCUUUUUACUAUCUGUCACUCUCUACACACUGUCUUCUAGACUCUGAAUCCUCAGGUAUCUAUGUUGCUUCAGCCAUUCACAUUGUUUCUAGGGAUAUACUGGAAUGUUUUUUUAACGUUUGUUUAUUUUUGAGAGAGACAGUGAGCAGCGGAGGGGCAGAAAGAGAGGGAGACUCAGAAUCCAAAGCAGGCUCCAGCCUCUUAGCUGUUAGCACAGGGCCUACGUGAGACUUGAACCCAGGAACUGUGAGAUCAUGACCUGAGCCAGUGUUGGAUGCUCAACUGACUGACCCACCCAGGAGCUCCCUGGCAAAUGUUAAACAGUCAUCUUUUUAAGGGGGAAAGCCCCAGUUUGUAGCAUUUGCUGAUUUCUAUGGUAUACUCCCAUCAUGGCCGAUUUCAAGUUACCCAACUUUUCUUUUUUUCACUGCUUCAGCAAGAACAUUUGUUUUUUCCUUAAAGUUUUUAUUUUUAAGUAAUCUCUAUACCCAACAUGAGGCUCAAACCUACAACCCUGAGAUCAAUAGUCUUAGGUUCUAUGGACUGAGCCAGCCAGGUGCUCCCAACCUACUUAACAUUUCUGAACCCAGAGAUGGGUACAAUCAGCUCUGGGUAGCUAAUGCAAACCAGUUCCACCAUACCACUGACCAGCUCCUUCCUGCCAACUCUUACUUCUCUUUUAUCUGUGUUAGAAAGUUUUUCUGUCCAUUCAUGUUAAUGACAGUAAUGAUGAUACCACCUUAUCUUGCUAUCCUACCAUGUAGUUUCAAAAUUACUUUCCACAUCCAUUAUUUCAUUUUAUCCUUACAACCACUGUGUGAGGUAUAUAAUUAUCACCAUUAUACAGACGGAGAAACUAAGAUUUGGAGAGAUUCAGGGGCUUGUCUAAGAUCUCACAGGGAGUUCCCAGGCUUUCUGAUUCUUGGUCCACUAGCAUAUCCAACAUAUUGUUCUCCGCCUGCCCCUAAUCCAUAGUAUGGAGAAGCUAAGAAGCCCUGCUUUCACUUGGGAGAAAUAAGUUAGGAAAUACCAUGAUCAGUAUGCCUGGGGUCAUGAGCCUUUGGCUCUGCCUGUGUGUGACCAUGGACAGGUUUCUGACCCUUUAUGGGAUCAAUUUCUGUAAGCUGAGGAAACUAUACUCAAAACAUGAGGGAGCUCCUUCCAGAUCUUUAAUUUUUUGAAUAUAGGAUUUUCCCUAAGACCCAGCUGAGUAAGGAACCCAACAGUUCCAUAGAGGUGGAAGCUCUGUAGAAGGUCCUUUCCUCUAGAAAGUGGUUAGGAGUGGUGGAAACUUGCUGAGUAGAAAAAGACAAAACUGUCCAUGGGGAAAAUGGAUCCAGGCUCCAGGAAGGGGCCAAAAAAAAAAAAAAAAAAAAAAAACUUUAAAAAGAGAUUGAGCUAACAGGGAAAUAAGUCUGUGCAUAAGGAGGAGGACAUAUUUAGGGAAUUGGAAACUCACACAAGGUUUAGAAUUUGAAGAUAAAUCUGCAAAGCUUAGUGACUUGUUAGUUGAUGUUGGGAAUGCCCCUGCUCAUCUCUGAAUUUUGCUUCCCUGCUUUUAACAAAAUGGAGUACUUCUCUGGGUUUAUCUCUGAUGUUCUGGGCACCAGUAACUGCCUGGAACAUCAAAGGUGGUUGAGAUUCUUGGUAAAGACCAGGCAAAUAUGCUGCAGGUGGACUGUGUAUCAAAGGGAGGACAGCAUGGGUGGUUGUGGAUGUUGCUCCUUAGGCCUUAGCCUUUAUCCUGCUGUGGUCAGUUUGAUGUGGUCUGGAGUUCAAGGACAGGUUAUCCCCAGUGUCUGAGAAUGGGGACCUCUGCUGUUUACCUGCCUCUCACACACUAAACUCUUAGCACAUCAGACCAUUCAUCCUAUGAUUACCCACUUGCAGGCUUUUGCUAAUUAUUCUGCUAAUCUGAGUGUCUUCCCUAUUGACCCUACCUGACUACUCAAAUUUCACUUCACUAAACAACAAUAACAAAUAAUUACCGAGCACUGUGUCAGACAGUGGGGAUACAAAA